AACAUCGUCACCAUCAUCUCAACCAGUUGUCCAACUUCCGUCGUCCUCCCGCCGAACGUCUCUCCCCCUCGCAACAAUCUAUAGCUUCCCGAACCGUCUUUGGGAACCGCCGAACCGCAUACCGAACAUCGAAUCCUCGUCCCUUCAAACAACUUAGUCGACCAUCAUGGAUGCGCUUGUCGCAAGGUACAGCCGUCCGGCUUACCAGCAGAAUGAGCUCUUCUCGGAAGAGGAACAGCAAGAUCUUUGCGAAACCCAGCCUCCUCUGUCUCUCAAGUUUGCCAUGCCUCCAGUAGCUCAUCCCUCCUCCUGGCUCCGCGCCGCAACCGACGACCGCGCCAACCCUUCGUGCCCCAUCAAGAUCGCCCACGGCACGACCACACUCGCCUUCCGGUUCCAGGGCGGCAUCGUGGUGGCGACGGACUCUCGCGCGACCGCCGGCAACUGGAUCGCCUCGCAAACAGUCAAGAAGGUGAUCGAGAUCAACAGCGACUUGCUGGGCACCAUGGCGGGCGGCGCAGCCGACUGCCAGUACUGGCUGGCGUGGCUGGGCAUGCAGUGCCGACUUCACGAAUUGCGGCACAAGCGCCGCAUCAGCGUCGCGGCGGCCUCCAAGAUCCUGGCCAACCUGGUGUACCAGUACAAGGGCAUGGGCCUGUCCAUGGGCACCAUGUGCGCCGGCGUCACCAAGGAGGAAGGACCUGCGCUUUACUACAUUGAUUCGGACGGCACCCGGCUGGCGGGUAACCUGUUCUGCGUUGGGUCUGGUCAGACUUUUGCCUAUGGCGUCCUGGAUGCCGAGUAUAGAUACGACCUGACAGUGGAAGAGGCGCUCGAGCUGGGCAGCAGGAGCAUUUUGGCCGCUACACAUCGUGAUGCUUACUCUGGUGGCUUCAUCAAUCUGUACCACGUCAAGGAGUCGGGAUGGGAGAAGCACGGCUUCAACGACACAAACCCCAUCUUCUGGAGGACCAAGCUGGAGAAGGGCGAGUUUAGCAACGUCACCAGCGACUUCAACGAGGAUGAUUCAACCCGCGUUUAAGAGAGGAAGAGGAAUGAGGGACAGAAAGUAGUGAUCAUGGCUUGACUGCCCUGGGACUGAAUGGACGGAUGUCAGUGAUGCAGGGGCACUUGGCCAGCAGCAUACUACACAUGAUGAAGAAACGAUAUGAACAACGAAUGGGUCCCCAUAGCAUUCUAGAUUCUUACAGCCAAUGUGACAUUGGAAUGAAUCAGCUCGACAAGGCCGUAUGCCUACCUUAUACGUAUGUGAAAUCAUUG